AUGGUCGUGGCUGCAGCAGUGCAGUGGAGCGCGCCAGACUCGAUCAUACCGAAAGUGGCGAUGAGGCCUGCGUUUGCUUCUCUCACGCCUGAAAAGCGAGAGGAAACACUGAGGCGUAAACAGGAAUAUGUAUACAAGUAUCACAAUGCCCUGUUCGCAAGCAUGAUUGCCGUUACACAAGAGUUGGCGUCGAGCUUCGAUGUACACCAGGAACUGCAGAAUCCUACUGCUUUGGUAGCCGUCGACAUCAUGCUUGAAGAUGCAAAGCGGUACCAUGAGCUGCUGCCUGUAGCGCGCACAGAAAUUAUUCCGUUUGUGUAUACCACUAGCAGGACGCAGAGCGCAGCCUUACCGGAAAUGUCCAAUGAUAAGACAAUGAUUUAG